AUGUAUGGAGAUAUUGCAGUUGGAAGUUCCAAAAAUGCCAAGAAGUGUUUACUUGGUCCCAGAACAUGCCUGUGGCCUCGUUCAAGUGAUGGGAUUGUUUAUAUACCAUAUACAAUCGACGAAAGUUUCAGUAAAUAUCACCAAAGUAUAAUACAGCGCUCUAUGAAGGAGUUUGAUUACCUAACAUGCAUUAAGUUUGUCUAUAGACGAUAUGAAAGAAAUUACAUCAAAAUUAUUUCACAAAACGGCUGCUGGGCAAAUGUGGGAUAUAAUAGAUGGGCACAGUUUGUUUCAUUGGAUAGAACUGGCUGUAUUCGACCUGGCAUUAUACAACAUGAGUUACUCCACACAAUUGGUUUUAAUCACGAGCAAAGUAGAAGUGACCGUGACAAUUAUGUAACCAUCAUUCAUAAAAAUAUUAUGAAAGGAGCAGAAUAUAAUUUUGUAAAAAUGGAUACCAAUAAUUUGGGGACAACAUAUGAUUAUUCUUCAGUCAUGCAUUAUGGGAGAAAUGCUUUUGCUAAAGAUCAAAAAAGUGUUACCAUUGUCCCUAAACCAAAUCCAAACAUAUAUAUUGGACAACGUUAUGGGAUGUCUAAUCUUGAUGCUUUGAAGGUUAACAAGCUGUAUAAUUGCGGGGAUAACAUAAUUAUUGCUGUAUUGUAUAAAAUACCUGCUCGAGGCAAACUCACAUCAACAGCAGUGGCAGAGAGACCGGAAAGCAGCACAAGACAACAAGAGAGAGCAACAGUUGUUUUCAUACAGUUUACAAAAUUUCAAGUAGAAGAGUUUAUAAACUGCUAUAGUGACCGAGUAAUAAUUCACGAUGGUGACGAUGCACUUGCUCCAGUCCUGGAAGGGCCAACUUGUGGUGGAGAGAAUCCAGCAGUGAUAUCAAGUAGAAAAUCGUUAUACAUUCAAUUUUACAGUGCCCAGUCAUGGCAAGCAUAUGGCUUCAGUGCAAAUUAUCAAUUUGGUAAUAUUGUCUUCAAAUUAUAA